GUAACAAUAGCACAAAGAACUAUGAUUUUUGCGAAAACUGCGAAAACCAAAUGAGGGAAAGGGCAGCCGCACCCUUGUAAAACCCUUUCGAAGGCGGCGAGACAGAGAGGGCAACAGCGAGAACGGGACAGAGCCAGAAUCACCCCUUUGCCCUUUGGACUUUGGCCUCUGUACCGCCUACCUGCUUCGUACCGCCUCGGCUGGCCGCUCGUGUCCGCCAUUUCGACGUGAAUGAGGCGUCGGCGCAGCCUCCGCAUUUUGGGUAUAAAUGCAGGGGGUUCCGACGAGAGGAAAUCAGUUUGCGUUCGACAUCGUCAGCGUGAAGACAUAGCAACAGCUCAGCCAGAUCACCAGUCUAUAUAGUCUACAUAGCGCCCAUCAGUUGGAUUAAACCCAUCGACCGACCACACUCCGCACACCAUGCUAAUGCACGAGAAACUCAUGGCCGGGCAGUUCUUCGAUCUCAAGACUGAUCGCAAGCCCCUGAUGCACCACCACCAGUACCAGCACCACCAGCAGCAACCACUGCAUCACUUGCCGCACAGCCAAUUGCCGGUUCAGGGAUCCUUGGGCCUGCCCAAGAUGGAUCUGUACACGGCCUACGCCUACCAGCAGCAGUUGCUGGGAGCUGCCCUCAGUCAGCAGCAGCAGCAGCAGCAGCAGCAACAUCAGCAGUUGCAGCAGCAGCAGCAGAGCUCCUCUGCUGAGGUGCUGGACCUUUCCCGUCGAUGCGACAGCGUGGAGACGCCCAGGAAGACUCCCUCGCCCUAUCAAACGAGCUACAGCUAUGGCAGUGGUUCCCCCUCAGCCUCGCCCACCAGCAAUCUGCUGUAUGCCGCCCAGAUGCAGCAGCAGCAGCAGCAACACCAGCAGCAGCAGCACCAACAAUUGGCCUCCCUGUAUCCCGCUUUUUACUACAGUAACAUCAAGCAGGAGCAAGCCACGCCCACUGCUGCUCCGCCCAAGGUCACACCAACCGCCAACCUUCUGCAAACCUUCGCUGCCGCCUCUGCUGCGGCCGCCGCUGCUGCUGCCGCCUCCUCGACCAACUCACCAAGGCCCGCCAGCAACGCCAGCACCAUGCAGAUAGAUGUCCUGGACAAUCCGCAGUCCCCGGCUGUUGAGGCCACCACGCCCACCACCUCCAGCAGCGGCGAGGCGGGAAAGAACACACGCCCCUUCAAGGCCUUUCCCCGGGAUCCCUUGGUAAUCGCUGCCAAUUUCGCAGCCACAGACGUCCUUCUGGACAAUCCGCGAGUGGAGCGCUACACGGAAUACCGGAAGCGGGUGCUUGAGCAAAUCCGCAGCUCCAAUGGAGGAUCGCGCACCGUAACCAACCCCAAGAUGCGGAGGACGAACUCGAGAAGUGGAUCCGUCAACGAAGGCAGCUCCUCAAACAACAACAGCGAAAGCGAGGAUCGCGCUGCCGCCGAGGAGUCCAGCGACUGCGAUUCGCAGGCGGGCAACUUCGAGGGCAAGUCCGCCACCAGCAGCUCCAGCAACUUGGCCAACGCUACUGCAGCAAAUGCGGGAAUCAGCUCGGGCAGCCAGGUCAAGGAUGCCGCCUACUACGAGAGGCGUCGCAAGAACAACGCCGCCGCCAAGAAGUCCCGCGACCGCCGCCGCAUCAAGGAGGAUGAGAUCGCCAUCCGGGCCGCUUAUCUGGAGCGCCAGAACAUCGAGCUCUUGUGCCAGAUUGACGCCCUCAAGGCCCAGCUGGCCGCCUUCACCUCCGCCAAAGUAACCACCGCCUAAAGGUCCACUCCUCUCUUGAUGCGUUGAACGCGAGGAUCCGAAUCGUAUGUCCUGUUUUUUGGGUCAGCUUAUCUGUGAAUAGUUUAGGGGGCUCAACUUUCUUUUUUUUACACACUCGCAUUUAAGUACUUUAAGUCCUUGGAGUAUACGUUAUAUUUGGAAAAUGUAUUAGCUGUAAGUGCAUCUCGCAAUCUCACCAGUUAACUAUCAAUGGAAUCAUCUCUAGUUGUAGAAGUCCUAGCUAGCCAUUAGUGUCUAACUCGUAAGUGAAUUUUUUUCAUAGCCCUAAGAAA